AUGACGCCAGGCAAAAUCGCUGCCCAGCAUGCAACACUAGCGUGCUACAAGGCACUGCUCAAGACGAAUCCAAAGCUCCUGCAACACUGGGAGCGCACAGGGCAAGCAAAAAUCGCUUUGAAAGCGACCUCGGAGGAUGCGCUGCUGGAGCUUGAAGCAAUUGCGAAGAGCCUGAACCUAUGCGCGCGUCCGAUCCACGACGCCGGAAGGACACAGAUUGCGGCAGGCUCACGGACAGUGCUGGGGAUUGGACCUGGGCCGGUGGAGUUGGUGAACCGCGUUACUGGAAAGCUGCGGCUGCUGUGA